GUGGCUGCAACCAGCGGUGCUGUAAUCUCUGGGAAGGUGUCAAUCGAAUUCCCCUGGCGGGUGAAGUGGUUUCCCCCUCCCCUUUUCCUUUGCUGUGGCCGCCUCUCUUCGCUGUGUGUGUGUGUGUGUGUGUGAGAGAGAGUGAGAGAGAGAAAGGGGGAGGGCUGGGAAAACUCAGGGUAAAGCUGAGCAGAGGAACAGUUACUGGAUGGAGUGAGUGAGUGUGUGAGAGAGAGGCGGUGUGAGCCUGCUGCAUGUAACAGAGCAGAGAGGUGGCAACUAGCGCUGGACUACUACUGCCUAUAACACCACCAACCUCCCAAAUGUGCCUCUAAACGCUGGCAGAUGCAGCAAGGCAGCUAGAAUGGGCAAACUCCACUCGAAACAUGCCGCCGUUUGUAAAACGAGAGAAAGCCCAGAAGGUGACAGUUUCGUGGUGAAUGCCUGCCUCAAUCGCCGGGGGCUGGAGGAAUGGGUGGCUGCACAGGAUAAGGUCCCGGGCUGCAAGGCUCAGCCCUGCCGGCUCUCCACCGCGGGGUCGGUUGGUGAAUUUUGCAGGCAAGGAUACAGUGAAGAACAAUAUCCUUUAGAAGUUGCUCUACCUCCAGAGAACGUGGAAGGUUUCAGUCACGCAACUGAGAAGAAAAUGGAGAAGGGGGCCGGUCAAGGCAGCAUGAAGAAGCAAUUGAAAUUUGAAGAGUUGGAAUGUGAUGUGUCUGUACAAGACGACAGCAGGCAGGAGUGGACAUUCACCUUGUAUGACUUCGAUAACAAUGGCAAAGUCACCCGUGAGGAUAUCACCAGUCUCCUGCACACUAUCUAUGAGGUGGUGGAUACAUCUGUGAACAACACCCCAAGUAGCAGUAAAACUCUGCGGGUAAAGCUAUCUGUGACGCCUGAUGCCAAGCAGAAGAGAAAAGGCAAUCAAACAUGCCACGCCGAUGCUAGCAGUCCGUGGACAAAGGCUGACAGCAAAAGUGUGGAGGAGUCAAAGAACCCAGAGAAGAAAUCUCGCCCGCCUCUCCAACGCCACAACAGCGACCAGCAUCCCCAACACAACACCUGCGCUCAGCAUUGUCUGGAUGACAACACAGAGAGGAGAAACCACUACCUUGACUUGGCAGGGAUAGAAAACUACACCUCAAAAUUUGGACCAGCAGGUUCAACUCCAGCGGCCUCCAGGAAGGAGAACCAGUCGAGGGUUUGGCAGCAAGCCAGGUCGCGCUCCCAUGAGCCCGACGCAUCGCACGGCCACCACAGGCGAUCGCAACCCAUCGACCCCGGACACGGCCACCCUCCCGCGCACAGCAGGGCGGUGGAACUGCAGCAACGACUGCGUAGCCAGGACAGCGCCAAGCAUUCGGUUAAAUCGCCCAAGGCUCCGGGUAAAGUCGCCGCGGCGGGAGCGGCCGGCAAGGUGGGAAGGAGCAAAUCCUCGCAGGGUCCUCACGUGCCGACGGCAUCCACUCCCGCGGCAGCGGCGGCAGCGGCCGGCCCGGGUAUCCCGUGUCCACCGGCGCAGCUCGCCCCGCAGCAUCCGCCGGGCCACAGGAAGCACCGGCAGAAGGCCAGGGAGGCCCAGCAAGCCUACAAGACCUUCCAGCCCUCGCCGCGGGUGGCCGAGCAGGAGCACGUGAAGGACCUGCCGUCACUCCUGCUCUACGACGGACAUGUUGGCCGCAUGAUCCAGAGACACGAACACCACCACCACCACGAACACCACCACCACUACCACCACUUCUACCAGACAUGAGCUGGGCCGGAAACCACUGCAUCCGAUUCUGAAAGACUGCGUUUUUUGUGACCACUAAACUAGACAGUAUUGUUAAUGAUAGUUAAAUAUAAGAUGAGCAGAUCGUAACUUUCGACCAUGAAAUCUAAUGAAGUGACACUAAAAGACUUAAGAACAGCUGACUACCUCCAGUUUUAAACCAGAUUUUAUUUUACUUGGCCUGUUGAAUGAGUCACAAGGGGUUUUACUGUUCUGGAUUACUUGUUACCUGUUUGGGUUGUCCACAAUUUCUGUGAUUUAUCAACUGUGUUAAGAUUGGCAUUAAGCCACAUUUGCCAGCUCUUCAGUUAGUGUAAGACAAGGUUGGUUUUAUAUUUUGUUGUGGACUUCAAACCUUGUUUCGAAUUUUUGAAGGGUUAGGGUUCCUAGAAGAAAGGAGUUAUGACGCUGGUGGACAUUAGUGCCGAUAUCUGUGUCUGCGUUUAUUCGUGCAGGAGGGAACUGCAGAUGCUGGUUUACACCGAAGACAGACACAAAAUGCUGGAGUAACUCAGCGGGACAGGCGGCAUCUCUGGAGAGAAGGAAUGGGUGAUAUUUCUGGCCAACACCCUUCUUCAGUCUCAAUAGACAAUAGACAAUGGGUGCAGGAUUAGGCCAUUCGGCCCUUCGAGCCGGCACCGCCAUUCAAUGUGAUCAUGGCUGAUCAUCCCCAAUCAGUACCCCGUUCCUGCCUUCUCCCCAUAUCCCCUGACUCUGCUAUUUUUAAGAGCCUUAUUUAGCUCUCUCUUGAAAGCAUCCAGAGAACCUGCCUCCACCGCCCUCUGAGGCAGAGAAAUCCACAGACUCACCACUCUCUGUGAGAAAAAGUGUUUCCUUGUCUCCGUUCUAAAUGGCUUACUCCUUAUUCUUAAACCGUGUCCCCUGGUUCUGGACUCCCCCAACAUCGGGAACAUGUUUCCUGCCUCAAGCGUGUCCAAACCCUUAACAAUCUUAAAUGUUUCAAUGAGAUUGCCUCUCAUCCUUCUAAACUCCGGAGUGUACAAGCCCAGCUGCUCCAUUCUCUCAGCAUAUUACAGUCCUGCCAUCCCAGGAAUUAACCUUGUAAACCUACGCUGCAUUCCCUCAAUAGCAAGAAUGUCCUUGCUCGAAUUAGGGGACCAAAACUGCACACAAUACUCCAGGUGUGGUCUCACUAGGGCUCUGUACAACUGCAGAAGGAUCUCUUUGCUCCUAUAUUCAAAUCCUCUUGUUAUAAAGGCCAACAUGCCAUUCGCUUUCUUCACUGCCUGCUGUACCUGCAUGCUUACUUUCAUAGACUGAUGUACAAGGACCCCUAGAUCCCAUUGUACUUCCCCUUUUCCCAACUUGACGCCAUUUAGAUGGUAAUCUGCCUCCCUGUUUUUGCUACCAAAGUGGAUAACCUCACUUUUAUCCGCAUUAAACUUCAUCUGCCAUGCAUCUGCCCACUCCCCCAACCUGACCCUGUCACACUGCAAUCUCAUAGUCUCUACUCAAAACAUCACCUAUUCCAUCUAUCCUGAGAUGCUGUCUGUCCCGCUGAGUUACUGCAGCUUUCUGUGUCUAUCAUCUGAGUAUAUUUGUUGCUUAAAUUAGGCAACUUCUGAAAAAUGAUCGAUUUGAAUGUUUUGGAACUGAACUUGCUUUUUAGUUCUUUUUGGGCGCUCAAAACUGUGUUGUAUCUCCCCCAGGUUCACUUCAUUCUAACUACAUACUUACAUUGAGUGAAUUCACUAACCUAGCCCAUGGAUAUAAGUUCCAACUUCCUGCAUCAAUAAAUUAUUUUAUUGCAGAUCUGAGGUUUAUAUGGGCAUAAGUUCAAGGAGCAGAAUUAGGCCAUUCGGCCCAUCAAGUCUACUCCUCCAUUCAAUCAUGGCUGAUCUAUCUCUCCCUCCUGGCCCCAUUCUCCUGCC